UUGUAAAAAAUGACAUGGUUUCAGUUCAAGCGUUUAGCAAAACUGAAUAGAUUUAUGCGAAUAUGCUUUCUAAUUGAUUGUUCUUCGUCUUGGGUGGUUGAGUGUUCGGGCGGAUUUUAGCGUCUCUAAUAGGGAAGACAACAAAGGAGAGAUUUUAAUCAGGUUCUUGAGAUGAUAUUUUGACGUCCUUUCUGUAAUUUGGAUUUAUUGGCGCCGAAGAACAGAUGAAUUUGGACUGGUUGUUGGUAUUUGAUUUGUGUCUCAUUGUUUCGACCUUCGAGUUGAAGAUCUUCCCAGUUUCUUGAGCUGUUACGGUAGAGAUGUUGAAUUUUUUCGAUCUGCGUCGCUGAGAAAAUCGAGUAUUGGGAAGAUGUACGCGAUGGAGAAGCUGAGUAAUUACAUCAGCCGCGGCGUCUAUACGGUUUCUGGCCCUUUUCACCCUUUCGGAGGAGCUGUAGAUAUAAUUGUUGUCCAACAACCUGAUGGAAGCUUCAAAUCAUCGCCAUGGUAUGUCAAAUUUGGAAAGUUCCAAGGUGUAUUGAAGAAGACGGAGCAGGAGGUUAAUAUUACUGUCAAUGGCGUCGAAGCCCAGUUUCGUAUGUACUUGAAUCAUAAAGGAGAAGCUUACUUCCUCAAGGAGUUGAAUGGGGAAGAAGGGGACUCUGUUUUGUCUCCUCCAUCUUCCUGUGAUGAGACGGAGGAGCAGUCUCAGAGUGGAAGGAUUAAAAAGUCUAAAAGUGACCGUUUUGAUGCUAAUCAAUCAAGCUCGACUGCUCCAACUGAUAAAGGAAAGGCAAAGGUUUUGCAAAAGACGAGAUCUCGUCGGUCUGGCAUUUUGGGGAUGGUUUUCGGACAGAAUUCUCUGAAGGAAGAUGGUAGUAGGAACGAAGGGAGGAUUGGUGGUUUCGAACGGACGCCUUCACUGGAACGUGCAGAGAUUGCAGCUGACCUUUUGGAGUUGAGAUGGUCUACCAAUCUUCCAACUUUUGUUACUCGGGUGGACAAUGCUUCUAAGUUCUCUGUGCCUGUUGAUGAGACUGAUACGGAUUUGCUUCGUGAUAUCAUUGGCAAUAAUUCUGAUUUUCCUACUGCGAAUGUAGAAACUGGUCUCUGCGAAAAUUAUGGGUCUGUUUUGAAUAAUACAGAGAGUCCUGAUGAUGUGAUUAAUCCAAAGAAGCUAUCUUUGCUGACAACCCAGGAACAAUGCAUGGAGAUUUCCACAUUAGAGAUGUUUGAUACGAAAGUAUCAACAACUAUGAACAAAUUUAGCGUGUGCAAUGCUGUUUCUGAGAGGGCCGAAGGUUCUAUCUCCAAGACUAAUCUGGAUUUGGUCAACGUUGAAGUAUGGCAGAGUACACACACUGGUAUAGAGCAGUCUUCUGAUGAAAUAUCUACUAUUUUAAGCACUGGUAUUCUUGAGGAGGAAAAUGGAAAUGAAAACUCUAGCUCCCACACAUACUGUGAAAUGGAAGACGUCUCGACCGUUGGGAUAAAUGGCUCAUUUCAACAAGCGACUGAAACACUGGAAUUUUGUUAUGGUGGGUGCACGGAAGUAGAGACUCAUUCUCAAGUUCCAUAUCAGACCACUGAUCUUAUACCUGAGGUAAUCCCACAUCCAUAUUCCCCGCUACUCACAAUCGAAGAAAAUAAUACUGAUCCAGGAAUUGUAAGAGAUGGAGAUUCCUCCAAGUUUCUUGACACUCAAACUGUUCAUAAAAAUGAGUUAACCUCAGAUGACUCAAUUGCUGAGUCCCUUGUAUCACGUAAUUUGCAUGUGGCUACUUCUAAUUCUGUUGAAACUGAGACGUUCGAAGUUAAUCACCAAGAUACUGUAGCUGAGGGCCUUUCUCAGAAUGAUAAUUUGGAGACCAAAUCAGUAAGGGAUUUUGAGAAUGAAUCCCAAAUAACAGAUCUUUCUUGUAAUCGUAUAUCUGAAAAUAAUGAGGUGGUUCUUGGAAGGCCAUCAGAGGUGCUAGUUUCGCUUAAUCAAGAGAAUGGUGUCAUUGAAAUUCUUGAUUUGGUUGAAGAAGCAGUGUCACAAAGCAUGUGCACCUCUUCUGAUGUCAGCAGCCAAGUUCAGUGCAAGGAAAAUACUGGUCUAGAUGAUAAGAUGAAAGUGCACCGUCCAUCAUUGGAUUUUGUUUGUGAUACUCAAAUACCCCUUUUUGAUUCUGUCUCUGUGAAGCAAAGCAUUUCAUCACCAGAAAUUUUGGAAGAAGAUCAUCUUCUUUUUAGUGAAAUUGAUGGUCUUGAUCCAAUCGGGGUCCAAUGUAAGGAAAAAGAUUCUCAGGAAUCCAUAAAUAUCGAAAAUCAUUCUCUUAUGUUGGAUAGCAUUGAAGAUGUGCAUGAAACAGUCAAUAUAAAUCAUGAUUCAACUUUGUCUCGAGGCAAGUUUGCUGACAAAUACCCUGCUAAUAGUUUUGAAGGUCUGAUUGAGGAAUCAGGGACUCGAUCAAGUGCAAUUAGCAUUCCAAAACCUAAAAAGGUUUCAAGGGAAAAAGAUUUGCGUUUGCUGGAAUCUUUACCCAUUUUGUGGUCCCACAUUGAUAGUCUUGAAAAAUCUGAUGCUCAUCACACUCUAAGCCAUUCUCUAGAUUCAAAUUCUGGGAAUUUGAGGUUAGGGCUUCUUGGUCAAGGUGUCUCAUCCUCCUUAAAGCUAGAUGCAGACUCUGAACAUAUCUUAGUACGUAAACAUCCUAGAAUAUUGGAUACUCAGGCCUUUGAGGAACUCGAACAUGCAUCAACCAGCAGUAAAAUUGGGGAUCUAGAAAGAGAAGUUGCUCGAUCGGGUGGAAGCUGGAGACCCUGGCCUUUCCAGUUCAGAAAAUCAAGAACCAUGAACUCUGUACAGAUGGCUCUGGAUGGCCCUAAAUAUUCUAAUGCUUCAGAUUGCACUGGUGAUAUUAUCAAGGAUAAAAGUGCACCCAAAACCAAGGUCACUAAAAAGAAGGUUAGAAUAAUCAUUCCGACAUCUGAACAGCUGGCAUCCUUGAAUCUGAAGGAAGGACAGAACAUGAUAGCCUUCACAUUUUCAACUUCAAUGAUGGGGAGACAGCAGGUGGAUGCUAGAAUAUAUUUGUGGAAAUGGAACACUCGUAUAGUUGUCUCUGAUGUUGAUGGUACAAUUACGAAAUCAGAUGUUCUUGGACAGUUCAUGCCUUUGGUUGGAAAAGAUUGGUCACAGACGGGUGUUGCACAUCUAUUCUCAGCGAUUAAGGAAAAUGGCUAUCAGUUGCUUUUCCUUAGUGCUCGUGCAAUUUCUCAGGCAUAUCUCACAAGGCAGUUCUUGGUCAACCUUAAGCAGGAUGGGAAGGCUCUACCUGAUGGGCCAGUUGUAAUUUCCCCAGAUGGACUCUUCCCUUCCCUCUUCCGAGAGGUAAUUAGAAGAGCUCCUCAUGAAUUCAAGAUUGCAUGCUUGGAGAAUAUCAGGGCAUUAUUUCCUCCAGAUUGCAACCCACUCUAUGCUGGCUUUGGAAACAGGGAUACCGAUGAGAUUAGCUAUAUUAAGGUUGGAAUUCCCAAAGGAAAAAUCUUCAUCAUUAAUCCUAAGGGUCAGGUUGCUGUAAACCGUUGGGUAGACAGAAAGUCAUACAUGUCUCUUCAUACACUUGUGAAUGGCAUGUUUCCAGCCAUGUCCUCAGCUGAGCAGUGUUUGACACCAGGAGGAGUUCAAUUCAUGGAAUUACUGGAAAAUGCCUCUUCCUGAAAUCAAUGUUUGAAGAUACUGAAGAGAGUUAUUGGUUUCUUGUCCAACCAAUUGGACAGAAGGAUAUCAGCAUUUUGAUUCCAGAAUUCAGUCUGCCAAAGUAUUAAUAGAGGGGUGGCAACAGAGGAGAACUCCAGCGAUUAUUUGUGCUGGGUUUGCCAAUAGUUGGAGGCAGAAAUUGUUGUACAGACUAGAAUCUGUUAGAUGGCUCACAGGUAUUCUCAACCAGGUUAGUCUAAUUUAUAAAGCUGUGUUCAUGUAACCCCAUGAACCCUGUAAGCAAUGAUGUAAAGCCUACUAAAAAAUAAAGUUGGGGGGGGGGGCAUAUAUUCAUGUAUCAUUGUCUUCACAUAUGUUCCAAAAUACGCUCGAGUUCAAGUUAUUAUAUUUAUUGAUUUUUUA